AUGUUAAAUAUACAAAACUACGGUAGCAGUUCAGAGGAAGAAGAGGAUAAUGAGGCGGAAACUAUUAAAGGAGAGAGCAACGAAAAGUUAUUAUCACACUUGAAACCAGUUGAUUCUAACUUUUCCGUGGCUAAAUCGAUGCAAGUAUGUGCAGCGCCCGUCGUAAUGCCCACGAACAGCGACGACACAAGAGUUUUGUUACCAAAUAAUCAAGAAUUAAUGCACAAUCCUAAGUAUGAAGAACUAUUUGCUCCUACAUACGGUCCAGAGAAUCCGUUUCAAACUCAACAGAUGAAAGCAAAUAGGAACAUCUUGUCGGGUUACGUAGAGAAGGCACAUAUAAGUGACUUUCAGUUUGAGAAUCAAAGGCGAACAUUUACUAGUUACGGACAUGCUGUAGACCCAUCUACAGAUAGUGAAGCAGCUGGCGAUGCUGUAGUUGUGUCAGCAAUGAUAGCACCGCCAGAAGAGGCAAUCGGCAAAUCGGUGUUUGAAACCAUAAAGAAGAGGCCGCUUGACAAGAAGAAGAGGACCAAGAAUGACAAUCCUGAGGAUAUCAGUGGAUUCCUCGGGCCAUGGGGAGGUUAUGAGGGGGAACAGAGAGUAAUGAGGCCAGAAGGUGAUGAAGCUAAGGAAUUGCAAGAGAUUGUCGCUAAACGACAGAAGAAAGGCAAAGUGGAUGAAGACAAACCAUUGGAAGAGAAAUCUAUAUUCCAUAUCGACAAUGCGACAGACUACCAGGGCAGGUCGUGGAUCGCGCCGCCGCGGAGUGAGACACAACUGCGAAGUGAUACACCGCCCGACAAGUGCUUCCUCCCUAAGGCACAUAUCUUCACAUGGAAGGGCCACACGAAGGGAGUGGCGGCGGUGCGAUGGUUCCCCGGCACUGCGCAUCUCAUGCUAUCUGCUGGCAUGGACUGUAGGGUCAAGAUUUGGGAAGUGUACGGCGAACGUCGUUGUAUACGAACUUACUUCGGACACAGACAAGCUGUUAGAGACGUCAACUUUAAUAAUACUGGGGAUAAAUUCUUAUCUGCAGCUUACGACCGCUACAUAAAGCUCUGGGAUACGGAGACUGGCGAGUGUAUAUCGCGGUUCACUUCCCGGAAGGUGACAUACUGUGCGAAGUUCAACCCAGAUGAAGACAAACAACACCUCUUUGUAGCCGGUACUUCUGACAAGAAGAUUAUAUGUUGGGACAUCCGUAGCGGUGAGAUAGUUCAAGAGUACGACCGGCACCUGGGCGCCGUCAACACGAUCACGUUCGUGGACGACAACAGACGGUUCGUCACCACGUCUGACGACAAGAGUCUGCGCGUCUGGGAGUGGGACAUACCAGUAGACAUGAAAUACAUAGCAGAUCCGUCAAUGCAUUCAUUGCCGGCCGUGACCGUGUCUCCAAACGGCAAGUGGCUAGCCUGCCAGUCAAUGGAUAACAAAGUGAUCGUAUUCAGCGCACUCAACAGAUUUAAGAUGAACAGGAAAAAGACGUUUAGCGGCCAUAUGGUGGCCGGGUAUGCGUGUUCUGUGGACUUCUCGCCUGAUAUGAGUUACCUCGUGUCCGGCGAUGCGGACGGAAAGUGUUACAUUUGGGACUGGAAGACUACGAAACUGUACAAGAAAUGGAAGGCGCACGACGGCGUGUGUAUCACAUCGCUGUGGCACCCACACGAGCCCAGCAAGCUGCUCACGGCGGGCUGGGACGGCGUCAUCAAAUACUGGGAUUAA